AGAGAGAGAGAGAGGGGGAGAGAGAAAAAAUCUGCCGAGGCAAAGACUCUCUCCUCUCUGCACUGCUCUUUUGCUGAGCCUGAGAGGGACAGGAAAGAAGCAGCAGAAAUAAAACAGCGCUUCUCGACGUUGGUGCUAUUAUUCCUGCCGUGGCUCCAGCCCACAGAGCACUCGUCAGCGAGGAGCUCUGGAGCCCCCUGCGGAAGAGAGGAUGCUAAACAACAUGACGGACACGGAGGAGGGAGAGGGGGGACCCAACAGCCAGGGUGAUGGAAAUCCCAAGGAGAGCAGUCCCUUCAUCAACAGCAGCAGCACCAGUGAUGUGGAGAAGAGCCAGCAGUAUGAUGGCAAGAACAUGGCUCUUUUUGAGGAGGAGAUGGACACCAGCCCAAUGGUGUCGUCUCUCCUCAGCAGUCUGGCCAACUACUCCAACCUGCCUCAGGGCAGCAAGGAGCAUGAGGAGGCAGAAAACAAUGAGGAGGGGGCCCGUCCGUCCAAGAAGCCCAUCAAGGCUCCUCAGCUGGGCACUCUGAUGGGCGUGUACCUGCCCUGCAUCCAGAACAUCUUUGGAGUGAUCCUGUUCCUGCGGAUGACCUGGAUGGUGGGGAUCGGAGGGGUCUUGGGCUCCUUCUUCAUCGUCUUCAUGUGUUGCUCAACAACCAUGCUGACCGCCAUUUCCAUGAGUGCCAUUGCAACAAAUGGAGUUGUGCCAGCUGGAGGCUCCUACUACAUGAUCUCUCGUUCUCUUGGGCCUGAGUUUGGUGGAGCUGUUGGAAUCUGUUUCUACCUGGGAACCACGUUUGCGGGUGCUAUGUACAUCCUGGGCUCCAUAGAGCUUCUGCUGAUCUACAUCUUACCCCAGGCAGCCAUCUUUAAGCUGGAGGGACUUGAGGGGCCCGAGGCCGAGGCGGCCCUGCUCAACAACAUGCGUGUGUACGGCACCAUCGUGCUCAGUCUCAUGGCCCUGGUGGUGUUUGUGGGGGUCAAAUAUGUAAACAAGUUGGCCCUGGUUUUCUUGGCCUGUGUCAUCCUGUCCAUUGUGGCUGUGUACGCUGGGGUCAUCAAGACUGCCAUCGAUCCUCCAGACUUCCCCAUCUGUGUGUUGGGAAAUCGAACGCUGAUCUCCAAGGGCUUCGACGUGUGUGCCAAGGUCAUCGAGAAAGACAACGGUACCGUCACCACAAAGCUGUGGCGCAUAUUCUGUGACUCGCCCUUCCUGAACGCCACCUGUGAUGAAUUCUUUGUCAACAACAACGUGACGGAGAUCCAGGGUAUUCCGGGGGUCGCCAGCGGCAUCCUGGCAGAGAACCUGUUUGGUUACUACCUGGAUAAGGGGGAUGUCUUGGAGAAACGUGGGGUGCCGUCCGUAGCGGACCCUGAUGCUCCGAUGACCAACAGCAACCGCUACGUCCUGGCUGACAUCACCAGCUUCUUCACCCUGCUGGUGGGGAUCUACUUCCCCUCCGUCACAGGUAUCAUGGCUGGCUCCAACCGCUCUGGAGACCUGCGUGAUGCCCAGAAGUCCAUCCCCAUCGGCACCAUCGCUGCCAUCACAACCACGUCCAUAGUGUACAUGUCUGCUGUGGUGCUGUUUGGAGCUUGUAUUGAAGGAGCUGUCCUGAGGGACAAGUUUGGUGAAGGGGUCAACGGUAACCUUGUGAUAGGUACACUGGCAUGGCCUUCCCCUUGGGUCAUCGUGAUUGGCUCUUUCUUCUCUACUUGUGGGGCGGGGCUUCAGAGUUUGACUGGAGCACCACGUCUCCUCCAGGCUAUCUCUCGCGAUGGCAUCAUCCCUUUCCUGAGAGUGUUUGGCCAUGGUAAGGCCAAUGGGGAGCCCACCUGGGCCUUGCUUCUCACAGCCAGUAUCUGUGAGAUUGGCAUCAUCAUUGCCUCCUUAGAUGCUGUGGCUCCCAUCCUGUCCAUGUUCUUCUUGAUGUGCUACAUGUUUGUCAACUUGGCAUGUGCCCUGCAGACUCUGUUGAGAACCCCGAACUGGAGACCUCGAUUCAAGUUCUACCACUGGGCUCUCUCCUUCCUGGGCAUGAGCUUGUGUCUGUCGCUCAUGUUCAUCUGUUCCUGGUACUAUGCCAUCGUUGCCAUGGUGAUCGCUAGCUGCAUCUACAAAUACAUUGAGUUCUGUGGGGCGGAGAAGGAGUGGGGAGAUGGGAUCCGUGGCAUCUCUCUCAGCGCUGCACGCUUCGCCCUCAUGAGGCUGGAGGAAGGGCCGCCGCAUACCAAGAACUGGAGGCCCCAGAUCCUGGUCCUGGUGAGUGUGGACGCAGAGCAGAACGUUGAGCAGCCCCGCAUGCUGUCCCUGACCAAUCAGCUGAAAGCAGGAAAGGGUCUGACUAUUGUUGGCACCUCUGUGGAGGGCACCUUCCUCAACAACAGUGCAGAGGCCCAGAGGGCAGACCAGGCUCUGAGGAAGCUGAUGGAGACAGAAAAAGUGAAGGGCUUCUCACAGGUGGUCAUCUCCUCCAACCUGAGGGAUGGCACAUCCCACCUGAUCCAGGUUGGGGGUCUGGGAGGCCUGAAGCACAACACUGUGCUGGUCAGCUGGCCACGCACCUGGAAACAGCCUGAAGAAAACCUGCGCUUGAGGAACUUUGUCGAGGUGGUUAGAGAGACAACGGCUGCCAGCCUGGCCCUGAUCGUCCCUAAGAACAUCGCUGCCUACCCGUCCAAUGGUGAGCGCUUCACUGAAGGCCACAUCGACGUGUGGUGGAUCGUCCAUGACGGAGGCAUGCUGAUGCUGCUGCCCUUCCUUCUUCGCCAGCACAAGGUGUGGAGGAAGUGCAAGAUGCGCAUCUUCACCGUGGCUCAGUUGGACGACAACAGCAUCCAGAUGAAGAAGGACCUGAUCACCUUCCUGUACCACCUGCGUAUUGAUGCGGAGGUGGAGGUGGUGGAGAUGCAUGACAGUGACAUCUCAGCCUACACUUAUGAGAAGACUCUGGUGAUGGAACAACGCUCGCAGAUCCUCAAACAGAUGCACUUGACCAAGAAUGAGAGGGAGAGAGAGAUCCAGAGCAUCACUGAUUCGUCCCGUGGCUCCAUCCGCCGUAAGAACCCGUCUAACCUGCGCCCCCAGCAGAGCACCAGCGAGGAGCCUGCUGGAGCCAGCCUGGCGGAGAAACCAGAGGAAGAGCCUGUCGCUGUCUCCCGCCCAAAACAGGUGCAGUUGAUCCACAAUAAGAAUGCCACCCCAACCUCCACCGGCCCCACCUCCCCCACCGGGCCCCCAGGGGGCGCUGGCACACCAGGGCAGGAGGUGCAGAUGACCUGGACAGAAGAGGCGGAGAAAGGGAAGAGCCAGGCAGCAGCCAACCCAGACAGCAUCAAAGACAUCUUCAACAUGAAGCCGGAGUGGGAGAGCCUGAACCAGUCCAAUGUGAGGCGCAUGCAUACAGCGCUGCGGCUCAAUGACGUCAUCAUGAAGAAGUCUAAAGAGGCCAAGCUGGUUCUGCUCAACAUGCCCGGACCCCCUAAAAACCGCAUGGGCGACGAAAACUACAUGGAGUUCCUUGAGGUUCUUACAGAGGGGCUGAACCGGGUCCUAUUGGUUCGUGGGGGCGGACGUGAGGUCAUCACCAUUUACUCCUGAAGGGACAAUCUGACUGACAUAAUCCCGCCUCCCCCUGUGUCUACAUGGGUUGUGCCCCCCCUCCCCCACACACACCACCUCCACAUCAAUCAUCACAUAUCAGUCCACUUUGCACUAUGUAUCAUGGUCAUCCCCUGUACACACACCCCUUAGGCAGGAGCUAUGUCCAGACAACAGAUUUACAGACAACCACGACCAGCAUCAUAUGGAGGCGUAUAUUUGCUCCGACCAUUGUCUAGCCUAUAGAGUUGUGCAAUCAUCUCACCUAUAUACUUCAAUUGUCAGGUGAUAGAUAGAAGAUCAUUAGCAUAUAAGUUUUAUUUUACAAAAAGCAUCUGAGAGAAAGUAGGACAUUUCCUUUCAGGAAUGGACUCCCAAAGACCAACUAAUCCCAACCUAAUGGUAAUUUCUGCUCAUCAGGCUUUUGUUUUCAACUCUUUUUUCCUUGUUGAAUGUUUCACCUGUCAUGUGUUUUUCUUUUUUGAGAUGUGGGCCGCUCAGUGAGAGGAAUGGCUAGUUUAAAAGAUUAUAAGUGUUUAUUUUUUACAAUUUAUUUAUUCCUUUAAUUUGACAGUACAACUCAACCAUUUUGUCUGUGUUGUCUGUGCGUUUGUUUUAUAUGUAGCACUAAUGUACAUUGUGUUAAAUUGGUUGUGCUAAGGAUAAGGGAGGGGUCGAGAAUUAAUCAAUCAUAAUGAACAUGUCUUCCUAUGAAUUGUCGCCUUGGGGACAAGUUCAGUUGAGGACUGAGUAUGGUAUCUCAUAUCCGUCCACAGUGAGCAACUACGGUGACACAGCACAGAGCAACAUGAGAGAGAUAAAACCUUCUGGCUUUCUCCAAAUAUUAACAUUCUUUUCAGUUGCUUUAGUUUUUCCAGAAGCUUUUUUAUCUAGUAUUUAAGAUGAAGAAUAGUGAGUGUGUCAUUCUCAACAGUCCAAAAGAAGCAGUUUGAGAUGCACUUACCAUGUGUGAUAUGCAGUUGUCUCGUGUUCAGUGUGUGGCCCGAGGAAUUGGGAGGAUUGAGGCUCCCUGGCUUUAAAAUGCCAAAGAGAGAAAUGCCAGGUUUCAAUUGAGGCUUAGGGAGUGUACUUUUACCAGGGUUGGGGUCAUCUUUAAUGAACUCUGUUAAAGAAUAUACACUUGGGUAAAUUCAUUGGGCUAAAUUGAAAUAGUUGCAUGGUUGAUCAAGUGUAUUGUCAUAUACCACAAGUCAGGCAAGUUAUGCGACUAAAAGAGAGGGUUGUUUCAGAUAUAUUUGGUUGUUGAACCCCAGCCCUGGCUGUUAUACUGUGAUGCUAUGAACCUCUGUGGCUUUCAUCUGUGUUUGAGAAGAAAAAGUCAAAUGAAUGAUAUGCUGCGAGAUACACCGUGACCUCAACUUUUAACCCCAGUGCUGAUCACUGUAAAUAGUGUGCAGCCAUUUGAUAUUCCUACCAGCGUCCUGCACCAACUGCUCCACUUCAUCAGGGCCUGUAGACAUGUUCACUGGUAGCUACAUGUUCGUCUCUAUUGCUAUAAUACAGUGGAGUACUGUGAAUGUCUCAAAUGUCUCAAUAUUAGUUAUGUAAAUAGUACAGUAUAGCUUAUUCAUGAGAAGAUAAUAAAUGAUUAAAAAAUUCCUUAUGGAAUUCGGCAAAAUACAUUAUAACAAUAGAUUUAAAGCGUCAACUAAUUGAAAGAUACUUAUUGACACUAAUUGUUCAAAUAGUAAAUACAUUCUUUUCUUCUUAUUUGGUAAAAAAAAAUUCCAAUCUAGAAUUGUGAACUCUACAAUUUUUGCCAAAUACCAACAGCAAAUCGUGCCAUAUACAGUGAAGAAAAGUUUUAUAUCAACCUCUUUUUUAGUACAAGUCAAAUGUCAAAUGAAAUGUGGAGUAUGUGUAAGUGGAAUUUAACAAUGAAAUUAUAGCAGAUUUUGAAUCCAGCAUCUAUCUAAACUUUCAUACAACCUUGUCUGUAAUGGGAAUAAUGUUCAGACUGAUUUUAGUGUGGCACAGUUUUUCUGGUGGUAAGUCAUUCAACAAUAUUUAUUAAAAAAAAUAUUUAUUUGAUAUAUAUAUAUAUAUUGUAUUUGUGAAGGAAAUGCCUAAAGCAUAAUCCUUGUACUAAUAAUUUAAUCAUAUUAUUUUUGUAAACAAAUAUAAAGUAUCAAGAUGUACAUAUAGGUAGAUCUCAUAUUUACAAGUGUUUCACAUAUUAGAUUUAUGCAAGGAGGGCACUGUAAUUUAUUACCAUGUGGUAGAAAUAGAGUAUACAAUAUAAAAAUAUAUGUUGAUAAAUAUAUCAAUUAUUUUUUGUAUGCUAUUUGUUUUGAGAAAAAAAUACAAUUAUUGAAUUGAUGUAUUCUUUAAUAGAUUAAAAUAUAUUUAGUGCUUGGUGUUUGCUGCAUUUCAGUGAAGAGUAUACUUUCAAAACAUGAUGUAUGAAAUUUCAAAUGCUGCUAUACAAAUUGAUGUGUAUAUAUUGAGCCAAAACGCAACAGUAAGGGAAUCCAUAGGAAAUGGGUCUGAAGAGCAGGUAGACAGGGUUAAAAUUACUUAAAUAGCAAGCAGGGUCAUUUGGCACAAGUGUUUUUUUUCCUCGCUGUCCUUGAAGUUUGCAACAAAAAAAAAAUUCAUGAUCUGUUGUUACAGCUAAUCAACAAUUGUAGUUGUAGCCACUGCUCAAUGUCAAAAUUAGAUUGAUGCCCCAUUGUAACAGUCCUCAAAUGUGGACCUUGGACCUUGUAAAAUUAAGAAAAUAUUUAGUUACAAUUGCAGAUCAAAAUAGGGUUGCUGUCGGUUAGGGUCGGUUGUAUGGUUCAAGAACUUAUGUACUUAUGUGCUAAUUACUGUAAAUUGUAAGCUGAAACCUACGACUGACUGUGUUUGAACUAAACUUAAUUUCUGAUCAUUUUAAUUAUAACCCCUGGAAAUUAGGGAAAAAGGGAAUCUGAUCCCUCUAUCAUAUUAUUAUGAUAAACACAUCUUCAGCCAGCAAAUUACUUACAAAAAUAAUUGUGUCAUGCAAAUACUACCUACAAUCAAAAUAAUAUUCAUAUAUACCUUUAGCUAUACAGACUGUACGAGUAUAUUUAAGUAGAAUCAAAUAAUGUAAAUAGAAUUACUGCGCAUAUGAUUAUGAUAGGAUAUGUCAGAAAGUUUGACGUUAGAAACAAUGUAAUCAUAUUGUUGUUUGCAUGGCAUUUGUUACUGUAGACUCAUACAGUGUCUACUAAAACAGUUGGAUGUCAAGCUAUAUCAUGGAGGCACACAGUGUUGUCUCCUUUUCUCCACCUGGUAAAUGACGUUGCACCACCGUGUUGUUGACCGCUACACUUGUCGAGUGAUAGACUAGAACAUACAAUGCAUUAGUACAGAUUAAAUUAGAUAUUCAAUUUUACAUUAUCUUCAUGAUUCACAUGCUACUGCAAUGCGACCAUUAAUUGCACUGCUAUUCUCUUGCUUUUUCCCAGUUGAUUUUCUUUCCAUAAGAGACCAAUGGCGACUUGGGUUAGGGUAAUUUAUGGGCCACAUUAUUUCAGUCGACAGUGACUAAGCUUAUUGUUAAUGUUGCUUACAGUAACUGGUACAUCACAAUUUUUCAGGAAAAGAGUUACUCUAGAAUAAAUGUCUUUACAGAUCAAAUUUGUGUUCAAGAGUUGAAGACUGUAAUCCGGGGCUUUAUGCAAUUUGAAAAAAUGAAAUUAGUUUAAUACUAAUUGUUCUAAAUGUGAGUAAUGCUGCACAAGAUUUUGACGGAGAUAUACUAUACCCAGAUCUCGAGUUAAACGAUGAGUCUAAUGUGGCUCAAAUCUUUUGAUUGGAAGUAUAUUAUUACUAUGUUUAAAUGAAUGUUAUUACAAGUGAUUUUGCUUACAUGUUGUACAGAUAUAUGUUGAGCUACGAUGUUUCACAAUGUUUCUCCUAGUUAUGUGGUAUUUCCAAGAGGCAUAACGUCCCCCUAAAACUUAAUGACUAACUGAUCCACCAGCAGUGUGACUGUGGUAGUUUAUCUUAUCAGUGAUGAUCAGUAACUAUAAACCAGGGCUUCCAGCAUUGACAAAGAUAAAUAAGGCCUUUAUGCAGUGGUGAUCAACAUGUUUGAUGACCUCAGAGCUGAGAGUGUUACCAGAGGCAGAAUUGCUGCAGAAAGCUGCCAUCAUUCAGGUGUUUCCCAACAAUCGUGUCAAACAGACAAGAGUUGAACCCUAUUGCAAAAAAUAUACAUAUUAAUUAAAUAUAAAAGAUGUCAGAUCAUUUGUAUUCUUAAACAGGGUUUGAAAAGGGCUCUUCGAUGCAUGUAUCCUUACCCUGUGUCAUUGGGUUUUGCUGUGAGCUCCAUACUUUAAAGUUAAGUUUGAUAGAAAAUCUGUUUUUAACCCUAUUGAAUGACAUAAAUAUACUUGGCCAAUUCCAUUAAUUAGUGCUAAAUCAAUUUUGUAAUAUUGGUGAAGGCUUUAUGGUUGAGUCGAAAGCAGGUUCUGGCUUGUUCACUGUGAUUGUUCUAGCACAUACAGUAUGUAGUAUGCAAUGCAAAGUGAAUCGUUAUUAUUUUCAUCCUUAAUGCAUGCUAAUUAUGUUCUGUUAUUGCAGAUGUUUCUUCUUACUUUUUGUGUUUUGGCUCUUUAAUUUGUAUUAAGAGACUGGCCACUCAUUAUCAAUAAAAAAUUACUAUUUUGUUCCCAAGUAAACUGUAUGCCACAGUGCAUAAUAUUUAAGUAUGGUGUUAUCAUCAGAAUAGGGGACUUACUGUACAACCAUCACUAUUUUUAUUUUCUAAAGAUAUUAAUAUCUUGUGAAGCAAGAGUUAGACCCUUCCUUCUAGUAGCUCCAUACUAUACUGUACUAAACCUUCUGUGUUCACCAUGACAAAUUCUUCUCAAAUAACUGUGCUCCAUAUUGAUACUUGAUAAAGAAAUAUGGAUUGUCUGAAACAUUUCAUAGUAAGAGAAUAAUUCUGUAGUUAGCUUUUACUGAGAAUUCACUUUCAUUCCCUUGCAAUUCUGGUUCCCUCAGAUGUUAGAACCGAGUAUAUGCAUGUAGGUGUAUUGUUUUCAUUGCAGUCAAGUAAAUCUCACCUCAUUGUACUAAAGUUAAUUAAGUCUCCAUUUUUUUAUGUUGAAGUGUGUGCAACCGUAAAUUAUUCCCACAUCCUCCCAAGAAGUGCGUGCACGUAAUGCGAGCAAGAACAAAAAACAAGAGCUAGUGUUUCUAAAUCUUCACAUAUGAUACUGUAUUUUUACUUGAUCCAUAAGAGCAUUGUGAUGCAUUUUUAAAAUACAUUAAUAUAGAUCUAAAAUAGAUAUCUUGACUAGUUAUUAGAGGUUUUGUGUUCACAAUUAUUGGUUCCCUUCCCCAGGAAUGGAAGAUAUAUGAUGUGUGUGUGCAUGUGCACAACCAUGCUUCUGUGUUUGUGUGUGUUUGUGUGCGUGCGUGUGCAUGUGAAUGUGUGUUUCAGUAUUUGCGUGUGUUCAUGCAUGCAUGAGUGCAUUUCUGUGUGUGUGCAUGAAUGUGUGUAUGCAUGCAUGUAUGUGUUUGUGUGUUUUGUUUGUGUGUCUGUGUUUGUGUUUGUGCACGCAUACACACAUAUACAUUAAUAUGUAAGGGAGAGUGCAGUGUAUCUGUAUGGGAAGGGUCAAAGAUGGGACAUCUGUAAAUACAUUAAUGGUUAAGACCAAAUUAGAGCCUAGAUGUUUACUUUGUGUGUCAUUGCAAGUUUAAUAUUUUACAGAUAUAGAAAUAUGUAUUAUCUAUUGUGUUAAAUAAUGAUAUAUAAACAGUUGUUUUACCAUGUUGUUUUACCAUGUCAAAUGCUUAUACGUCUAUGGCUAAUGGUUUCCCAAAACCAUUUUAUAGAUUUGUCUGCACAAAUGCAAUAAAUUAAAGUCAUUUUACUACA